GCCAAGCAUGGCGGCCUUUCUCUUUUCACACCUGCAUUUCAUUCCUGUUCGGACAGUUGGUAGCCCUGCUCGCCAGACCAGACGCUUUCUCUCUUUCUUUUGUCGCACUUUUAUCAAAACAUUUGUAGGUACACGCACACGUCUGACCCGUCUGGAGCCUCAUCGCCCGCACAGAGGGCAAACUCGUUGCUCUACUCGCUCUUGGAGACACACGGAGCCAUGAACGGCGCAGACACUUCCUCUGAAGCCGAGAAGCCGAAGGACUACUUCCAAAGCUAUGAGGACCUGGAGGUUCAUCACCUUAUGUUGAAUGACCAGCCUCGAACUGAAGCCUAUCGACAUGCUAUCAAUGCAAACAAAGCAAUGUUCAAAGACAAAAUCGUUGUCGACGUCGGUGCUGGCACAGGUAUCCUGUCAAUAUUUUGUGCUCAGGCUGGCGCUAAGAAAGUUUAUGCUAUUGAAGCUAGCAAUUUAGCUGAACUCAUGAAAGAAGUUGUCAAGGAAAACAAAUUAACAGACCAGAUAGAGGUUAUCCAAAGUCGUGUUGAGGAUGUAGAGCUUCCUGAUGGGCAGAAGGCUGAUGUUUUAGUCUCUGAAUGGAUGGGCUUCUACCUUCUGCAUGAAGGAAUGCUGGACUCUGUCUUGAAUGCUAGGGACCGCUUAUUGAAGGAAGGAGGGUUGAUGUUCCCUGACAAAGCUGAUAUAUGGGCUGCUCCAUGCUGCCUUCCGUCAUUGUAUGAUUUCUGGGAGGAUGUUCAAGGAGUCUCAAUGCAGUGUGUUGGUAAAGCGUGGCGUAAAAAAAAAGCAAGCAGUCCUGAGGUGAUGACGAUUGAUCCAGAGGAUCUUCUUGGAGCAGGAAAUCUAGUGAAGAGUAUAAAUCUUGCGACCGUUUGUUUGGCUGACUUGGAAAAGAUCAGUGUAAAGCAUGUUGUAGCUGCAAAUAGUGGUGGAAGAUACCAGGGUGUAUGUGUUUGGUUCACAGUGCGGUUUCCAUCAGGUCUAGUGUUGUCCACGGCUCCCUCUGCGCCCUCCACCCACUGGAAACAAACAGCAAUAGUUCUUCCAGAAGAACGGACUGUGGAAGAAGCUGAACCCUUGGCGUGGGAACUCACCAUGACUCGAGAUCCAGAAGCUGUUCGCCAUUACAAUAUAGAAUUAACCCUGUUAGAUCCCGAAGAAGAAAAGCAUCCCACGCCUUGCAGCUGUCAUAUGACCAAGUGCAUUGUAAUCAGAAAGUUUAUUGAACAGUCAGAAGAGGCUGAGGAUGAAGAGUUUGAUGAGGAGGAGGGAGAAGAUGAUGAUGAAAUGGAAGAUGAAGAGGAGUAUGAAAGUGAUGUUGAAAUGAACAGUGAGAGGCAAGAUUUAAAUGAUGCCAACAAGACCAAAGAAAAUGGAGAAGGAAGUCAUUAAAUUUGGAGGCAAUCUGUUUUAUUGCGCUAGUUAAUUAACAAGUUUUGCUUAGAACCUCAGAACUGUACAGUGGUUUUGUCACAUGUAUAUCUUAUCUUAUUAUUACUCUUGUUGAUCUUGUCUUUAUCAUGUGAAUUUUGAAGAGCCGAUUUGUGUGGUAAGAUUUCAUCAUGUUUCUUUGCAAAGAAACUGUUAUGUGUACUUGUGUCUCUUUCUCCUACCUCAUCAUUUUGACUAAGUUUUCUCCUCAAUGAGCUGCUUCUUUUUCAUUGCCUCAGUUUUCUCAAGGAGGAGUUGGUUUUAUUGACAAUCUGUGCAGCUGCUUUUACUCUUCAUUGGGACAGAAACAAACCAUUUAUUUUUCAUAGUUACAGUUCGUAAGAAUCAACAAAGUACCUGAUUGGUUUUGUGCAUUUGAGACUGUGUGUAGGUCUGUUACACCUGGGUUUUGAGUUCCUUGUGUGCUGCAUGUUACAUAGUGGGUAUUUUUAUUAUUAUAGCCACAAUUGUCAAAGCUGGGAUCAAAGUGGCAUAUGAGGCUGUUAUUAAUUUUUAACAAUUAUGUUGACAAGUUGCUUCAGGAUCUUAGGGCCUUCGAAAGUACCAGAAGACCUUAGGAUUUAAUACAAAGCUGAAGGGCAGUUUUGUUUGUUUUCUCUCUUGACUGAUUUGUGGAACUAAACAAAUGUAUGUGAUAGUUGUGUGUGAACAUCUGUAAGAUUUGUUUUUAUGAUUGAGCAGUAAACGUGCCUUACAUCAAGCGAA